AAAGAACAUGGAACAUCAAACUAUUUUCCAAAACAAAUAAAAAUAAGGAGAAUGCUAAUGUAUUACUGAAUUUAGAAAUGGCUCAACAUAGUGAAAAUCUUGACUUUUCCGGCUUAUUCAAGUUAGAUGUUUUAGUUCAUCUCGAUAUCGUCAAUCAUAGUUUUUACGAAGUCGGUUUGAAAAAAUUUUUGGCGUUUUCCAGCGAUAAAGAGCUCGUUUUCUUGUAUAUUAAUCCUCAACUGGAAAGGUUUGAUAAUGUUUAUGAUUGGGAUUUUAAUGAUAAUCCUGUAUAUUGUAUGUGUUUUGAACCAAGCGGUACUUGGCUACUUAUAGUAAGUGAGCAAAAGGUGUUACUUGUGCCAUUUCUUCCAUUAUUCACACCCGAAAAUGUAUAUGACUGCAAGUGGUCUUCAACAAGAGUUACUGUUUUGCCACUGGGUGAUAUACCACUGCCAACUUCUGUGGUCUGGUGGUUGACAAAGGAAUCUGAAAACAUAAUUGUUAUUGGAUCAAAGACAGGAGUAGUAACAUUUUAUUCCUUGGAGUCCCAGACUAUUGUGGGUGAAGUCAAUGCUGCAGGAGAAAUUUUAGAUUUACAGAUAUGUUUUGAUGAUUCCUUGGACUUGCUUGCCUUGUUGAUCUCUAGAGGACAAUCUCAACAAUGGAAAUUGAUUUUGGAACAUAGAUCUAUGGGCUACAACUGGCUUCAACAAAAUCGAGCUCAAAAUGACAGAGAGAAAAAAGAUGGAUUUAUGUCUUAUAUUAGACAACUAUCAAAGGAUAAAAUAACAUUUUUCACUCAAGGUGGAUCUAAAGAUGAUAAAUCUCAGACUGUGGAAUAUGUGUUGAAACCAGUUGAAUACUUACCCAUGUUUCGCAAGGGCUCUAAUAAUUGGGCUCUAACCGCGCAAUAUGUGAAUGGAAGACAUUUCUUAACUGCUUUUGAAUUGAAUGAAGGAACAUUAAUUCUUGAAAGUCCAGAAGAUGAUACUCCAUCAAGGACAUUGAGGCCUCACAUAAAGAAGGAUGGCCUUUAUAUACAAGGCUUAUGGUCACAGAGGCUUAUCUAUUUACUGAGGAAGAAUGAACUUGAAGUACAUAGUGCCAAUUUCUCUGUUGUUCAGGGUGAUGGUCUGCUAGGAGCUAAGAGAGAAUUCAGUGAGCUGUGGUCGGUGGAACUGAUAGGUGACGUUCACCGCGCCUAUCUGAUGACUGCUCGCGAACCUCCGGCGCCCACACCCGGCUGGCGCGAGCCCACAUUCAUGUGCGACCUGCAGCUGCCCCGCUUUCCUAUUGAACCUUGUCUUGUGGUCACCAGUUGUGGCGCUUACAUACUGAAUACUGUUUGUGAGCCAUCAGAAUGGUUGGUGAGCCUGAUAAUGCGGGGAGGCGUGGGCGCGGAGCAGUCAGCGGCGGCGCUGGGCGCGUGCGUGCCCACGCUACUGCGCGCCGCCGCCGACAUGCUCAUGUCGCGCGGGAAGAUCGCACCCGCACAGUAUCUCUUCUCUCUCUCACAGAGCCAGCCGGACGGGUGGGUGGCUCGGCUGGGCGUGUUCGGGCGCAUGCACGAGCUGUCGAUGUACAAGCCUACAGGCGGGGGUGCGGCGGGGGCGCUCGGCAACGCCGCCAUCACCGCCAAGUUGCUGGCCAUGCUGCUCAAAGUCGGCACCAACCCCGAAGAGAAGUUUGAUGUAGACGUACAAUUCGUAACAUUAACCGAGAAGGAGUUACUUGAACUGACAUCGUUGGCGGCGGCCAUCGGGCUGUGGGAGCUGGUGCCGCUGUUCAGUUUGUACCACGGGCAGCCUCACCUGAUGUUGGCAGGUGUGAAGGCUCGGCGCGAGCUGUGUCGUGGAGCACUGGCCUGUCUGCUGCGACACUCCUGCCUCGUGCCCAUACUGCUCGAGGAGAACGGACAAUGGCUGUUCGAUUUUAUUACGGACAAAUGUAAUACUUUAGAUACUAAACUUUUAAAGUGUUUAUGUCUUUGGAUGAAUCCAUUACAAGAUCAACUAAGGCCAGUGAUGCGCGAUUUGAAACAAGGAAUAACUUCUAUUUAUACAACAAGAAUGUUACAACUAAUAACAACCUUCAUGCGUGUGGCAUGCGUUAUUGAAGCGAGGUCACCUUGUCCGGACAUACAUGUAGAGUUGACAAAUAGACCGGAGACUUGGAAGAAUCAGUACACACCGAAGCGUGUGCUAUCCUGUGGUCUCAGUCACUGGGCGCUGGCUGAUGAUGGCAACGUCAAGGUGAUGAUGACCAACACUCCUGUCAAUACAGAAAUAAUCGGCAGAGUUCUCGAUGUGGCCUGCGGAAGACAUCAUACUUUGAUACUCACCGAGAAUGGAAUAUACGCGGCGGGUGACAACAGGUACGGUCAGCUGGGCGUGGGACGUGCGUGGGCGGGCGCGGGGGGUGAGACGGGGGGUACGGGGGGCGCGCUGCUGCACGUGCGCACCCCCCCGCGCGCGCCCGCCGCCCCCCUCGCCGCCGUCGCCGCCGGGCACUACCACUCCGCCGCGUUGGACCUCGGCGGUAGGCUCUACACAUGGGGAUGGGGUGUUCAUGGACAACUUUGUCUCGGCAAUAUCGACGAUCAAUACACACCGCAGUUGGUUACAAAAUUUCUUGGUAGAAAAGUGCUGAGCGUGGGUUGCGGCGCGUGUCACACAGUGGUGCUGAUGAAGAACGGUGAGGUGUGGGCGUGCGGCGCGGGCGUGUUCGGUCAGCUGGGGGGCGGGGCCCGCGCCAAGGCCGCCCUCCCCGCCCGCCUCGCCCUCCCCGACAUCGUCACACACAUCGCCGUCGGAUACUUUCACACCUUAGCGUUGACGGGCAAGGGACAGUUAUGGCGGUGGGGCGCGAGUCCGCAGCAGGUGCGUGCGAGCCAGGCGCGUCGAGCCGCCUCCCCCUCCCCCUCGCCCGCCCCCACCACGCCCACCUCUGACCCCGCCCCGGCCCCCGCCCCCGCCCCCGUCCCCACCACAGUCACCCCUGAUCCGCAUCUCCUGCCCCAGCUGGUCGACACUAGGAAUGUACGCGGACGCAUUGUACAGUUAUCUGCAGGUUGGCAUCACUCGUGUAUACUUGACCACACUGGCGCCGUGUACACGUGGGGCUUGAACUUUGACGGACAAUUAGGCAGCGGCAAUCGAAAACAAGUUGUGAUACCUACCGAAGUAAAAACCCGACCGGACACCCAGACUGAUAAUACAAAAGGCAGCCGGACUCCGGACACUGACGAUACCAACGUGACCACCAAAGCGCUGGUGGCCUGCGGUGGUGACUUCACCAUAUACAUAGAUGAUGAUGUUAGGAUCUACGCAACUGGUAAUAUGAGCAAACAUGUGAAUAACGAGAAACCGAACAAUCGUGUGAUAAUGAUGAAGACGACAAAACGUGUCAUAAAGAUCCCCGCGAGCAGAAACAGCAACAAGUUCCUCUUCCAGCCGCUGGACCGUCUCGAUAUCAUGUUCCCCUUCGACGUUGACGUCUUGCGACGCAAACCCAUCGAACCCGUACCCAAUCCAUUGCUCAACAUCAAUGACUUCAAGAAGAAAUCCUGGCCCGAUGACGUCAUACUUCUCCUACAACCCUGGAUCAACCAACAAGCGUUAAUAGACAACCCAAAUAUGGCCGCCAAAUUCUCUUAUCAUAGCAAAAUGUACUCAAACUGUCUCGAAAUGUUACUAAAAUCUUUAAAACAUGUCAUCACCAAUGAUCAAUUUUACAUCACCCAUCAAAAUGAAGAAAUAAGCACCAUGAAAAAGGAUGAAAUGAAAAUUUUAAUAAGUAAUACUAUAUCUAAAAGGAUCAAGGAUAUAUCAAUGUCUAUAUUAAAUGAAGAAGUGUAUCCAGUAAUGGAAACCAAUAUUUAUCAAGCAUUACCCUGUUGUUGUGAUGAAUCUAGUUAUUUUAAUAAGACGAUUCCUCAAACUGUGACACAAAGUGAAAAUAAUAUUUCAGUUAGAGCGGCAAAUGUCAUUGACAAAUGUAUCAAUAUCUUUCCAAUUGAUACUGAUCUUUGGGAAAUAUGUUUCCGUAUAUCAAAGGAUUUUUAUAUAAAUAAUGAUCUAUCUAUUCAGGAAUUUGAGAAAGUCUUGGUUAAAUAUAUGGAAUCCCAUCCUCCUACAAUGGCCGCUGCAUUAAUGUACUCCAAUGAUUGUAUGCAAUAUAGCAAAAUAUUCUCACCCAAGUUUUAUUUGAAUAUGUGCAGUGAAGUACUAGAUUCUUGGGGAUGA